AUAAACCAUUAACAUUUUUUAUUGAAAAUAAAUCAUCUUUACAAUCACAAUAAACAAGUUUAAUAUCCCUUUAAAUAUUGUGUAUUGGAGAUUAAAGAAUCCAAGAUGUCUGGCGGCGAAUGGGAUGACGAUGAUUUCGAGCCCGCUGCUCCGGGCAUUGCGGCCACUGAUCGUCUGGAAGGGGAAGACGAAGACAACAUAAAGGACAGUUGGGAUGCUGAUGAUGAUGAUAAAGAAAAAAAAGAUGGGGAUCCAGCUGAUGGCUCAAUGAAAGCAGUUCAAAGAAAAAAGAAGAAACCAUUAGCUGAGAGAAUAGCAGAGAAGGAAGCUGCACGUCUUGCUCAGUUGGAAGAAGAGAAAAAAGCAAGUAAAGGUUUAACACCGGACCAGAAGAGAGCUGAAGCGGAGCGGUUAAUAAAGAUCCAAGAACAGGCAGACUUAAAGCUUGCCAAAGAAGCUUUCGGAGUGGAUGCUACAGGUGUAGAUGGAAUGUUCCCUGUCACGGAAGAAGAAUUCACCAAGUUUAGAGAUGCCUUAGUACAAAAAAUCACCAGUUUUAAAAGCUCAGACCAAUAUUCUUCCUUCAUUGAAAAGUUAUCUCAAGACCUUGUGAUGGACCUAACGGUUGAUGACCUGAAAAAGAUCAGCACAACUACAAAUUCUAUAUUCCAUGAAAAACAGAGACAGCAAAAGGAAGUAGAAAAGAAGAAGAAAAAGAAGUCUAAGACGGUUGUUCUAGAACGGGACACAGACUUCAAGGAUAUUGCAGCAGCGGGCCGAGGGGACUAUGACGACAGUUACUAUGACGACGACUUUAUAUAACACAUGUUUGUAGCUUAGAGAAGCCAGCUUAUCCUUAGACUACAAACUGCACAUUUAAUCAUUAACUUAGGCCAAUGAAUCUAGGCAAUAUUUAUUUAUUUUCAUCUGCCUAUAAAGUGCUGAGAGGUGUAGAUAUGGUGCAUGGUUAUUUCUCAGAUUUCGGGAGUGUGUUCAGUUUCAACUGACACAAGUGACAUUUUUCUUUUUCAUUUUUAUGCAAACACCUAUCAAAAGAUUUAUUUAUAUUCUAAGGGAAGGUCAUUGUAUUCAAAUUAUGCAUUAAAAUGGAGGAUUAUCGAAUUUUUAAGUCAAAUAUUUGAUUAUACAAAAUGGGGAUCUGCGAAUGUAUUAUUUUUACCAAACAUUUCCUGAUAUUGUAAGAUAUUUAUAAAUGAUGUGUGUAUAUCAAUAAAAGUAUGAUUUGAACUCACAAAUCGCAAUGACUGGAU